AGCGCAAACGUAGUUUACAGCCCCGCAGAGAGAGAAGCGGGUAUAACAGGAGAUGCACGGUGGUGAACUGUUGUAUAGUGUUUAUUUCUUGUGGGUCCAUUCAUGUCCGAAAGAAAGCGUACCGUGAAAACUGGGGACUGUAAUCCGCUUUUCCUAUUCCUUUCGUAGUGAGGUUUGAGGAAAACGUCUGCAUCCGUUGAAACAAGGAAACUACAAAGACAUACCCAUUAUGAUGUGUUGAACUGUCAAGUCUGCUACACAAGCAUCACACUACAGUGCUUGAGCUGUACCAGUGGAGAAAUUGUCCAGCAUCAUUUCACAGAAUGAACUCGAGCAAGGUGUCAGAUUGAAAGCAGGGGAUCCUAAAUACCUCUCUUCAUCCAAAAGGCAGGGAUCUGUAUGAUGCGUUUUAUGCAAUGGCAAGUGACUCCCUUGAAGGCUUUCAUGAAGUUAACCUGGCUUCCCCCACCACCCCAGACCUGCGCACAGAGUCCGAGGCUCGGCACCUCAAGCAGCCCGGCGCCGUGUCGAUCUUGUACCGCACUCACCCGUCUGUGAGCUCCAGCCCUGGCCCGCCCAACAGCCUGGACGCAGCGCAGCUGCCCACCCAGCCCGUGUACUCCACACCCAGGCACCUGAGCAUCGAUGAGGCCUCCAACAGCAGUGUCCUGGCAGCGGAUGUACAGAUCGCUGUGCCCUGCUCUUCCUCUGGCUCCCGGCAUCACGCCUCCCAGAACGAGCCCGCGCGCCUGGAGGCAGAGUUCCUCGAUGGUGGCGUGGGAGAUCGCAGGGGUGAGGAGAGCGGGGAUGUCUUUGGGCUGAGCACAGACAGCCUGUCUCACCUGAGGAGCCCCUCUGUUAUGGAAGUAAGAGAAAAAGGUUAUGAGAGAUUGAAGGAGGAGCUUACUAAAGCACAAAGGGACCUUAAGUUAAAAGACGAAGAAUGUGAAAGACUAUCUAAAGUAAGGGACCAACUUGGGCAAGAACUGGAAGAGCUCACAGCUAGCCUGUUUGAGGAAGCCCACAAGAUGGUGCGAGAAGCGAACGUCAAGCAGGCCACUGCGGAGAAGCAGUUAAAGGAAGCACAGGGGAAGAUUGAUGUUCUGCAGGCUGAAGUAGCUGCUUUGAAAACACUGGUCCUCUCCACUUCCCCUACCUCUCCCUGUAAAGACCUCCCGCCCGGUGGAAAGACUCAGUUUAAGAAAGGGCACGCUCGGAACAAGAGCACCAGCAGCGCCAUGCUGGGCAGCCAGCAGGAAAUGAGCUUGAUGCAGCCCAUCGUGAGGGACUGCAGAGAGGUGGAUUUGCUGCUUUUCAGUGAAUUUAAAGCGUGGAGAGAGGAGCCCACUUUAGAAAGAACAUGCUCCUUUUUAGAACGAAUCUAUAAAGAAGAUAUUUACCCCUGUUUAACCUUCUCAAAAAGUGAGCUAGCGUCUGCGAUCCUGGAGGCUGUAGAGAACAACACUCUGAGUGUGGAGCCUGUGGGGUUCCAGUCCCUACCCGUCGUCAAGGCUGCGGCAGUGGAGUGCGGAGGACCAAAAGAGAAUACAAGUCCAAUACUCCUAACACAGGGCCUGCUCCACAUGUCCGUUUCCAUGUCAGCACUGCAGCCUGUUUUCACGUCGCCUCUCUUGUUCCAGCUCUCUUCAGGAAAGUGUGCACUCAGCGGUCAGACCAAAAUGUGUAAACACAGGAUCAAGUUUGGAGAUUCCAGCAACUAUUACUACGUGUCUCCCUUUUGUAGAUAUAGGAUCACUUCAGUGUGCAACUUCUUUACUUACAUCCGCUACAUCUAUCAAGGACUGGUGAAACAGGAUGCUGAACAGAUGUUUUGGGAAGUAAUGCAGCUCAGGAAGGAAAUGUCUUUUGCAAAACUUGGAUAUUACAAAGAGGAGCUGUGACAGAACCUGCAUUUCCCUGAGAGAGAGAGGUUCUGACACUGCAGAGAAUCACUUCUGUGUCAUAUUUAUUAGGACAGAACGGGCCCAGAACCCCCUCCCCCUCCCCAUCCUUCUUCUUCCUCUUCCUCUGAACUUGCUCCCCGACCCCCUUGAAUAACUUCAGCUUGCUUGUGUACUGUAUGUUGAAAUCAAAUGUGUUGAUCACUUUAAAAGAACCCCACAGUAUGCAUAAUUCAAAAGCAAGGAAGAAACAGCUGCUGAAAUAAAUAUUGAUUUGAAUUUUGAUGCCAGAACAUUUUUUUUUUUGUUUGUUUGUUUUUCGGGGGUGGGGGGGUUACUGUCACAUAUUUACAAGGUGUUUUGAAAUUGUACAUUUGAAUCUGAAGUGAGCCUUUUCCAAAUUGAAAAUGUGGUUUUAUCCUCUGUGAAUGGUGGUGACAUCAUAGGUUCCUAGUUUCUUGUAUCCAGCGUAGUGACCUCCCUGUCAGUGAAAGUAUACAGUAUGUAUGUAUGUAUGAGUAUCACUGUACGAGUUUCUGCACUGGAAUCACAAAGGCUUUCCAUGAUUUUAUUUAGUGCCUUUCUGGAAUCUAUUGAAUAAAAAUGUAUACCUCGUAA